GUCAGCCCCUUUCCUCACAGGAGAUCCCUCUGUCGAACACCAGCGUAGACUGGGUUUACAGUUAUAGCCACGACUGCAGGAGCACCCAUCCAUCCGUUAUACAUCAAGGACCGAAAUUCCUCUUAUUGUCCCUCUAAUUUGUUUUAUAAUCCCAGCCAUAGGCACCGUCAAGUCACCAUCAUGUCUGUAGCGGGGCUGAAGAAGCAAUUCCACAAAGCCACUCAGAAAGUGAGUGAGAAAGUGGGAGGAGCAGAGGGAACAAAGCUCGAUGAGGACUUCACUGAAAUGGAAAAGCGGGUGGACACCACCGCUCGGGCAGUGAUGGACAUAAUAACCAAGACCACUGAGUAUCUGCAGCCAAACCCAGCCACACGAGCCAAGAUGAGCAUGAUGAGCUCCAUGUCCCGUAUGCGGGGACAGGAGAAAGGGCCGGGCUACAUCCAGACGGAGACCACACUGGGAGAGUCCAUGCAACGAUUUGGCAAGGAGCUUGGAGAGGACUCUAACUUUGGGACUGCUCUCAUUGAUGCUGGGGAAGCCAUGCGUGAGCUGGGAGAGGUCAAAGAUGCUCUGGACAUGGAGGUCAAACAGAACUUCAUCGAUCCGAUGCAGAACCUCCACGAAAAAGAUCUCAAGGAGAUUCAGCAUCACCUGAAGAAAAUGCAGGGUCGUCGUCUGGAUUUUGACUACAAGAAGAAACGCCAGGGCAAAGUGACGGACGACGAGAUCAAACAAGCACUGGAGAAGUUCGACGACUCCAAGGAGAUCGCGGAGCAGAGCAUGUUCCACCUGCUGGAGAGUGACAUUGAACAGGUGAGCCAGCUCGCUGCGUUGGUCCAUGCUCAGGUGCAGUACCACAGCCGGGCUGCGGAGAUCCUCACACAGCUCUCCAGUAACCUCGACGAACGGAUAAGGGACACCUCUAACAAACCCAGGAAAGAAUUCACUCCUAAACCCCGCACGUCUCUGGACUUUUCCAUUAGUGAGAACCACAAUGGAGGCAUCCACAGUGCUCGUUCUCCAGGGGCGAGGUCUCCAGCAAGAUCUCCAGCCAGGUCUCCAGCCCCGAUGGACCAGCCCUGCUGUCGUGCUCUGUAUGAUUUCGACCCUGAGAAUGAAGGCGAGCUAGGCUUCAAGGAGGGCGACAUCAUCACUCUGACCAAUAAGAUCGACGAAAACUGGUACGAGGGGAUGCUGCAGGGCAACUCUGGCUUCUUCCCAAUCAACUAUGUGGAUAUCCUGGUGCCGCUGCCCCACUAGGGCGUCACUACUACCACAGCUACGUCUGCAACAGUGACAAAACAAAUCCUAGCCUCGAGUUCCCUCCUGCAGUAUUCCCACUAACCUUUUUCCCAAACAUUCCUACUUACCACCUGCGCUCCACUUUAAAGGAGUCAAAAGAGCAACAACACAGUAAAGAUAUGAACAAGAAUGAUAACAGUUUAAAGCAAGUAUUCACCAUUUGAGCAUUAAGACCUAGUGAGGAAAAAAUAAUGUUGUUGCUUCCCCUGAUCCCAGGAGGUUCCUUCAGGCUUCCACAGUCUUCUGUCCUGGCUUUUGUCUCUUUUUGAGUUCGCUGUCAGUCCGUCAUCACGUUAUCAGAACAACUUUUCACAACUUUCACAUUUCCUCUCAUUCACUAUAUCAUGUGGAAAAACAUUACAGUAGAUCUCACAUACUAUGGAAAAAAAAAAAAGCUCCACGUGCUUCAUGUUUGUUAGAGGUUCUAGGUCAAGCAUGAUUUUUAAGUGUUAAAGUUUGAAGCUUAUAUAUAUAUAUUUCCUUUUUUUUCUUUUUUUUUAAAGGUAUACGUUAGUUUUCGUCGUCGUAUUCCUCUUUUUUAACUCUUGUCGUCUUAUGGCAUGUUCAGGGCACUCCUGUCAUCCUCACACUUUUUAAUUCUUCAGGGUUUUAGACCGAUUCAUUUAGUCAGGAACUUGUAUACCAACACUACUUGUACUCAUUUUGAUUUCUUUUAAAACAUCGACAAACAUGUAUACGCAUGAGCUGUCACAUGUGAUUUUAGAUACCAAAGUUACCUACAAAAACCUGAAGUAACUCAAACGGCGAGGUGUCAGUGAACCUGUUCGAUGCAAAAUCGUGAAGCAAUCUUGUAAUCUCUAGUCCUUUGUUCUUUUUAUUGAGGGAAGAGUGAAACUGUGUUCUUACGUAUGUGACACUAAAUAUCUGAGCCGGUUAUUAGUGAAGUGGUGACAUGAUUUGCAAAACACACAAGUUUUAAAGUUGAUGAUGUAAGAAAACUACGGUGCAUACGUUUCAAUGCUCCAACGUGUACUUUAUGAGAAACUUGUGUGAAAAAUGAUUGAUGUAUUGUGAUAUAAUAACUAAAUAGGAUUCAAAUGCUCCGCGGGGGCAACUGUUUUCUCCGGAGCUGCUGCUCUUUUUGCUGCAUUCCUAUUAGUCCAAGUAGUAUUCUGUAGUUUAGCUGUCAAUAAGCCACUGAUUGAGAAAAAUAGUUAGACGUAGUCAACAAUACUGUUUGCAAUACUUUCUGACAAGGACAAAGGAACGCACAAAUGGCAGAUUUUAUUGAGAAAUAAUUUAUUUUCAGUGGAAAUUUCUUAUUCUUAUAAUUAUGCAAUUUACACUGAAAACCCACCUUUUCUGACACAAAGCCAUUGCUUUUUUUUUCUUUUCCGUGUCAUAUCAGACCUCAGUAAAACUGUUCGAUAUAUUCCCCAAAGCUUUGCUCGUAUGCAGUAUUGUGCGGAACUCGUUUCCCGUCUUUAGCUGAUGUACUUUUGUUAAUCUGGAAAUCAAACAAGCCUCAUUUAUUAUUUGGUCAGCUGAGGUGCUGUAGUGGCCGCUUUAACCCUGACGGUUCAUCCUCUGCAAUGUCAACAGCGUAUUAAAUGAUCUGUGCAGCAGUAUUUUUGAUUUGUUUUGGACAUCUUGUAGUAAUGUUGUAUGUGUGUGUGUGUGUGUGUGUGCGUGCGUGUGUAUUUUGGGGGAGGGAUGUGAAUUGGGUUUGCAUACUGUACAUGUACUGCAUAUGGAUGGGGUUGCAGAGGACCUCUGCUGCUGAGGUAUGUAAGAUAUACUGUCUAAACAAACAUGGAUGUCAAUUCAUUAUAUUCAGUAGAAUAACAAUAAUGAUCCAAAAUCAACAGAUAACCCAUGUUAGGUGUUUUUAUGAUUUUAAGGGAGCACGACUUGAUCAGGCAGUAAACUCUGGCUGGGGAAGAAUCCGUUUGAAGAGGUCAUGUAUUUAUUUUUUUAAGGUGAUCCACUUCCUUCCUUCUUUUUUCUUUCAACUGUUUUUUAACAAUCGUGUGUAUCUUUGCCCUCAAUGAGGACUGUACAGCUUUUGUGUUUUGUUUUCACCUUUGUGUGUAUAGUCGCGCAUCUACAGUAACGUAUCUUAUUUUUGUAAAUGUGACAAAAGUAUACACAUGCAGGAUAGAUGUAUAUAUACAGUAUAUUACCCAGACGCAACAGAAAGGGAGGGGGUUCUCUGUGCUACACAUGAUUGUCUUUGAAUUGUUUGAUUUUCUGCACUGGGUUUUAAGACUGUAUGCUUGAUGUAAAGAAAAACAAAUGUGAUAAGUCAAUGUAAUUUAUUCAAAAUAAAUACGGAGAAAUGAUUAUUGCCUUGAUAUGUUUGCGUGUACCCCCCCCCUCCAAAUAAAAGUAUAUUACGUAGAAACAACAUUAAUUCAGAACAACCCUAACCUGACUUUUACUGCAUUACACCUCUCUGGUUGUUGAGCAGACACAGCAGGGAUUUAGCUCAGCAAACACAACAAGAGACAGUCAUUAUUUAUUCUCCUGCUUCAAUCUUGCAAGAAACCAAAUUUGACUUUUUUGAUUUUAAAUUCUGACAAAAAAUAUUAUUAUUAUUAUUAUUGUUAUUAUUGUUGCUUUGGGUAUAUUAAAGUCAUACAAUGAACUAUAUAAACUGUACAACCUGAACAAAUAAGUAAGUACACUAAACAGUCACAACAUUGUAACAGGUAGGUUAUUUUAACUGUUGUUUGUUGUGUUUUCGAGCUGUGGUAAAAACAAUAAAUCAAUUAUACAAGUAAAUUUGCUCAGUUACUGCAGAUUGUCAUUACGCGGCUCAAAGGGAAAAAAAACAAAAAAAAACGGGAACGGCCGCAAAAUGAAUAAAGAUGUUUGUUUGUUUUUAAAAAAGCAGAAGAAUGAUAAUAAACAACACGUUGGAACGA